UGCACUUUGAUUUACGUGACGCCCAAGUACGCAUUAAUGCAGUGUGACCCAUGAGGGUGUUCCUACAAGAGCAACUUGUUCAUAAAAUGGCUGCUUCUCUUUCAGCAGCAGUAGUGGUGCUAAUGAGCAUGCUCAGUGCUAUGUCAGGGAAGAUUUGUUGGAGAGCUCAGUCAUGUGACCUUAGCGAGCUCUGUGCAUGUGUGUAGUGCUCCCCUGUCUUCCCCAAUCAAUAGAAAGUCUCUGGAUAAACCAGGUGCUAUAGGUAAAUGGGUGAAAAGCUGUGUGUCUAGGAGCCUUUUACACAGCGAACCCUCUGUCUGUAUGCAGUCGCACCCCUUCGCCUGUUGCUGGGCCAAACCAGGUGUGGACAGGUGAGCGAACAUGUCCAGCAGCGAGGUGGAGCGAAACGUGACCCCUGAGAUUGGGGGAGAGGGGCAGGGCUCCCCCCUGCUGCAGGCCAACCUCUGGGAGAAUGCCCCCCCCCACGGUUCCAUCACAGGCAGCAACGGGCUGGCACUUAGCCAGCCGCAGGAUGGGGCCACCCCACCCAGGAGCGCUCACUCGCCUGCGGCCAUCUGCUUGGCCGGACGUGCUGCCAAGUCGCUGCUCUCGUCCCCCUCAGUGCAGACCCCAGGCCCUGACCCGGGCAUGCGGGCAGUCGUGGGAGGAGCGGAGGAAGCAAGAGUGGAGAACGGAGGUGCUCAGGAGCCCGUACCGCCAGUUAGGGUGUAUCGAGCACGGAAGACCAUGGCCAGACCUGCCUGCAACCAGACCACCCUUAAGCUUUUAAAUCAGGAACCAAAAGAGUCAAACAGCAGCAGAGAGGAGGGCCGAGGGGUGCUGGAGCUGCAGCUGGAGCUGGGGAGGCCUCAGCAGAUGUCUGCUUCCCAGAACCAGCUACGUCAGAACCAGAGGAACCCGGCUGCCGUCCCCGGCAAGACUCACACAGGAACAGACAACCCCAGGAAAAUUCCCACAGCAGCCGCUGUGACUCGUAAGAAAAGGAGGAAGAUGGGGACGUACAGCCUGGUACCUAAGAAGAAAACCAAAGCGCUGAAGCAGUGCUCUCUAAUAGAGAUCUUCAAGAACGUUGCUCAGCCCUCUGCUCCUACUCAGAAGGAGAGCUUGUAUGUCAAUGGAGACGAGGCUGAAAAUGAUUUUGAUGAGGAGUCUGAGGAUGGAGAAGAUUCGGAGGCAGGAGGUCAAACACGGGAGCAUGUUGGGGUCAGGGAAGAGAAGGGACGUGCUGCUCUCCCAGAAGGCAGUGGGGCAGCUGAGAGUGCACAGCAGGGGCUGGGUGGAGAAGAUCAAAAAUCUGCAGAAUCUGCUGAAGAUGGUGAUGAGGAAGGGAACGACUCAGACGUGAGCUCAGAGACUUUCCUGAAGAAGAAGCUGAAGAAAAAAGGAAAGAGUGACAAUCCUUGGCUUAGACCAUCUAGGAAGCGCAAGCGGAAACUCAAAACUAAGACUGAAGGCAGUUCUGGAAAUGAGGUUGAAACUCAGGCCGAAGUCAGUGGCAACAAGGAAUACACAGAGCUGCCCUUAGAAUCACUGGACCUGAAAGUUCAGGAGCUCUUCCUCUCCCAGCGGGCAGAUUUACCCGGUGGUGUGGAGAGCAUAGAGGAGGACAUGGCACAGGAAUUGCCCCUGUGCAGCUGCCGCAUGGAGGCCCCGAGGAGCCGUGAGAUUCUCACGCUGGCCGACAGGAAGUGCAUGGCCACGGAGAGCAUGGAUGGGAAGCUCAGUCUGUGUCAGAGUACUGUGAUGAAGUCUGAGAUGAUGAGGCCCUCCAACAUGGUCCAGCUGCUGGUGCUGUGCGAGGACCACCGUGCUGGUAUGGUCAAGCACCAGUGCUGCCCGGGCUGUGGCUACUUCUGCAGGGCGGGAACAUUCGUAGAGUGCCAACCAGACAGCAACAUCUCGCACCGCUUUCACCGGACGUGCGCCUCCGUGAUGAACGGCCAGACCUUCUGCCCUCACUGCGGAGAGGAGGCCAGUAAAGCCAAGGAGGUUACAAUUGGUCAGGCAGACACCACUUCUAAAAUGCCCUUAACCCCUGGCCCUGAGAAAGUUACCCUCCCUGAAAGCAAGGUAGACACCACCUCCAGGAUACCCUCAGCCCCUGGCCCUGAGAAGGGCACCCUGUCUGAAGGCAAGCCUGAUACCACCACUGGAGGUGAGGAAAAGGCUGCCAGCCCAUCACCCCAGACCCCAGAUACAUCUGAGACCACUCCUCUUAAUGGGUCAAAGGUCGAGUCUCUGGUCUCUGCGGCAGCACUGGGAACAGGCAACGAAAAUCUGGAGAACAUUCUCCUGGUCUUGGAUGCUGAGAAGCCUAAAAAGCUGAGGUUUCACCCAAAGCAGCUGUACCUGUCCGCCAAGCAGGGGGAACUCCAUAAGGUUAUUCUGAUGCUGGUUGACGGAGUUGAUCCAAACUUCAGGACCGACAACCAGAGGAAGCGCACGCCCCUGCAUGCGGCGGCAGAAGCUGGUUACCAUGAAGUUUGUCACGUCCUGAUUCAGGCUGGUGCCAACCUGGAAAUGUGUGACGAGGACCAAAGGACGCCCCUGAUGGAUUCCUGCGAGAACAACCACCUGGAGACGGUUGGGUAUCUGCUGAGAGCUGGAGCAAACGUGAAGCAUAAGGAUAUGGACGGCUCUACCUCGUUACACCUUGCUGCUAAAAGAGGACACCACAAGAUUGUGGAACAUCUCCUGUCCACAGGGUUGAUCAGCAUCAACUGUCAGGACGAUGGCGGAUGGACUCCCGUGAUCUGGGCCACGGAGUACAAGCACAUUGAUCAAGUCAAACUGCUGCUCUCUCGGGGGGCCGAAGUCAAUAUCAGAGACAAGGAGGAGAACAUCUGCCUGCACUGGGCGGCCUUCUCCGGUUCCAUGGACAUCGCCCACGUUCUGCUGGACGCCAAGUCUGACCUGCAUCCCGUCAACGUGCACGGGGACUCGCCACUGCACAUUGCAGCUCGAGAGAACCGGCUGGACUGCGUAGAGCUCUUUCUGUCACGUGGAGCCGACGUUAACCUGAAGAACCAAGAGGGGGAGACCCCUCUGGAAUGCUGCAGUGCGGGCUCCAUGGUGUGGUUGGCUUUGCAGACCAAUAAGAGACUGAAGGAGGCGGGGAGUAGCACGGGACACCUGCAGGAGAGGCUCCUCUGCAGGGACAUCUCCCGGGGUUAUGAGAACGUUCCAAUCCCCUGCGUAAAUGCGGUGGACUCUGAGCCCUGUCCAGACAACUACAGGUACAUGCCGGGCAACUGCGUCACCUCUCCACUGAACAUCGACAAGAACAUCACACACCUACAGUACUGCGUGUGCAAAGACGACUGCUCCUCUGCUCACUGUAUGUGCGGCCAGCUCAGCCUGGGCUGCUGGUAUGACAAGGAGGGCCGGCUGCUCAGUGAGUUCAGCCGGGAGGAGCCCCCACUCAUCUUCGAAUGCAACCAUGCAUGUUCUUGCUGGAGAACCUGCAAGAACCGUGUGGUGCAGAAUGGGCUCAGGGUCCGGCUGAAGCUCUUCCGCACAAGUAGGAUGGGCUGGGGGGUGCAGACAUUGCAGGAUAUCCCCCAGGGAGCCUUCGUGUGCGAGUAUGUGGGAGAGAUCAUUUCUGAUGCUGAAGCUGAUGUCAGGGAAGAUGACUCGUACUUGUUCAACCUGGACAAUAAGGUAGGCGACGUCUACUGCGUCGACGCCCGAUUCUACGGCAACAUCAGCAGAUUCAUCAACCACAUGUGCGAGCCAAACUUGUUUCCCGUGCGAGUGUUCACCACGCACCAGGACCUCCGCUUCCCACACAUUGCCUUCUUCGCGAGCAAGCACAUCGGUGCCGGAGAUGAGCUGGGUUUUGACUACGGUAAUCACUUCUGGGAGAUCAAGAGCAAGUACUUUGCCUGCCAGUGCUCUUCGCCGAAAUGUAGACACUCAGCAGCCGCUAUCACCCAAAGACAAGCGGACGGCACGUCCGGGAACCGGCCGGCCGGUGCCGUGCCUGACACCAGCUCCUCCACUGCCCCCUCCAGCCCUUGCUGAAGGUCUCCAUAUCCUGCAGUGUGAAGCAGGAGUCGCACACAAGCACAGAAGCUCAAACCAGUCCCACUGCAGGUCUCGCUGUCUAACCUGGACCAUGACAGACCUGAGACUUCUGAACUAAUCUGGUCCUGAUCGCAGUUCAUUUGUUUCCUGCCAACGGAGACAAGACUUGGGAACAAUGCGCUGCGCUUGAUUACUUAUUAGUGGAGGAAUUAUAGCAUAAUGCUUUAUUCAUUAGCAUUCCUGGUGGAAACUUCUGGAUGGAAAAGAGGGUACAUCUAUUUUUAUUAGUGUGUGUGUAUAUAUAUAUUUUUUAACGCAGUAGGUUUUUUUUUUUGUUUUGUUUUAAAAACGUCAUAAGCCACCCCAGUUUUCAGGCUUUCUUAAGCAUCGAUUUCCUUGGUGGAAAUGAUAUGAAGCGUUCAGUGGCUCCUUGUAUGAAUACUGAUAGUAUUUAUGGCAGAUGUUAUAUGAUCACUUGCAUAUCCGACUGCCUGCAAUUACAGGUAAAGCCGUCACCUUGCACAUGCCCGUGCAUUGUGGGUAGAAACAUGGAGAAUACUCCUGUUAGCGGCAGAGGAGUCACAUGACAGUGAAGGUGACGCUGUGUAGCACGUCAAGCUGUCUGCUUGCAGGUGUGGUUGACUGUUACUAGCACAGAACAAAACUGUAUAAAAUGGCAGGAUCAGGCAAGUAGUCUCUCCAAAUAUGAAAUUAAAGGUUUAAAAAGGCACAUGAGAUUAGGGUCAUGAAACCAUUUUGCCUGGAAGCACAUUAUGAAGUUGAGUAUAAAAAGAUAUUGAUGCUGACAGUGGUUUAUUUUUUAAUACUGGUCUAGCAUUCAGGUUGAAAGAUGAGCUCUUUUUUUACCUUACAAUUUACUGCCAGUUUUCUAAUAUAGCGUCAGCAUCCAUUUUCCAUAAUUCUACGUUUUUUGGCAAGCCAAACUAUUUCCAGAAUGUUUAUUUUGGUUGGUGUGUUUUCCAUGUGCAUACAGGAUAUCCAAGCAAGCUAAGUUUUAUUGUCAUGUAUUUCAGGGGAGUAAAGUAUAAUUCAUGCCAUUGGCUGUACCUUUCAUUUUUUCAAUAAAUUUGCUACUCUGAA